AUGAACAGCACAGAAGCCAACACCACGUCGAUGCACUCACAAACCCGACUGGUGGGCUGGACAACGGAGCCCUCCGGUCGGGGCACACUCAGCUUGAUCACCAGCUGCCUGACGACCAUCUUCUUGUGCACUUGGGUAGUGAUCCACCCACGCGUGUAUCAAAACCAAGUAUACGCGACGCUACACAAAUUCGCCCUCUUCCUCAAGGCCAUCAUUGCGCCCGAGUUCAUAGCCGUUGAAGGCUUGCAGGAAUGGGCACAAUGCCGACGGAUGCAAGUCGACUGUGCCAGGUUCACCAAUGACGAUUUCCAGGCUAUUCACGCGUUCUACAUCAGUAUGCUCGCCCUACGAUACCGCACUCCAAAGGGAGACCGUGUCAUUUGGCCAAAUCAGUACACAUGGCUGCUGGAACAGAACCUAGUCGACUGGGAGGAACACGCCAGUUGGGGUCUUUUGGAGGACGAUAUCCGCGACAAAAGCAAAGCAGACAGUUUCGCCAAGUUGGCGGCCAUGGUGCAGGUCACCUGGUUUGUCGCUCAAUGCAUCGCCAGAGGCAUACACAGUCUCCCCCUUUCCCAGUUAGAAGCUAUGACCCUAGGAUACAUCCCGCUGUUCAUCGUCACAUACUUCUUUUGGUGGGAAAAGCCGAAAGAUAUUCGUUUUCCGACUGUUGUGGAGUUGCCUGAAAUGAGUACUGAACAAAGAGAAACAUUCGAAAGCAUGGCAGUGAGCAACAAAUUCGACAACGAAAGUUCAAAGGUACAAAUGACUUAUUGGAAUACCUGGUAUCUGACACCACGUGUAUUCGAGAAAGAGGAAGAGGACAGACAGAGGCAAUAUGCCCAGCAGCUGGCUAGCCGUACCGCUAGGGACGCCGAAUCGUGCGAUGACGAAGCGCCAAGUAGCCGCAAGAUGCUCUUGGGCUCGAAGGACGAGCAAAUACACAUGAAGAAUGAGGUAGUGGUGGCACACUGGGACCCACAAUUGUAUCGAUCGAAGAUAUGGCCGCUGACCUGUCUCUUUGGAAUCUCCUUCGGGGCGCUUCACUUGGCCUGCUGGGAUACCGUAUUUCCCACAGUGACUGAAGACUGGCUGUGGCGGGCGUCUGCGUUGGUCUCCAUGUUAUCGAUGCUGGUGUUUAUGCAUUUCGAAAAGGUAGUCGUUCGGUGGGGUGGCCCGUUGACCUUGAUCAGUCUCGCCUCUCCGGCCCUCUAUAUUGUCAGUCGCAUUGUGAUGCUGGGCGAGGUUUUCGCCGCGCUGAGAGCAGAGCAACCAGCCAUCUAUAAGACCUAUGACCUCUCCGAUGGCUGGGUUCACCUCUUUGAAUCCUGA